UUAACUGCGCUCGCACGCAACACGCUAGGAGGCAAGUGUCACAAUGAUCAGCCUUAUAUGGGGUGGAUCUUAAAUCUGCGAGAUGGCAUUAAUCAUAACUGCAAGAUGAAGACUUGAACACACGGCAUUGCACAUCCUUCCCUCGAUAUCUUGAACACGUUACGCUGCACGAUACUACACCAGCGCACGGCCAGACUGCCUGCAGCUGCCCGGCUGGUAGGCGGAGGCUGGAAGGGGAAACACAUCUAUUUUCUAUUAAUAAUAAUAAGCAACAAAAUGAAGCGGAGGAAAAUGGUGGUCGCGGCGGGCUUCUGUCUCUCAUUUUUCAUGGGCACGCUGAUGAAUUUCUUGUUUAUUCCUGGAUUCGAGCACCACGGCGAGCGCGCGCAUCGCUACUACCACGAAAAACAGCAGCCCGGAGGGGACGCGGCCGUCAGGCUUCACGCCGAUGAUUCGCCAGACGUUGAAACCAAGCUUGAACCCACGGCCGCCGCCGGGAGACUCCCGGAGCUCCGAUUGCAGAUACGCGAGAGAUUAGACGAGGUGCUGCGCUAUCGCCAGAGACGCGCGCACUGGGUCGGCACCGGAGACGCCGCUCGACCGCUGGAGCGCAGGCGACUCAUGGACCUGGAGCAAGACAGCGACUGGGAGUCAUACAAAGAAAUUGGAGGAAACGAUACUUAUGAAAACCAAGGCGAUCAUCCUGUUGUUUCUAUAGCAACAAAGUUGCAUCAGGAGUCCCCGCGUGAAGCGAUGCUCGGCUGCGGCAGUAUUGAUAAUGUGACAAAUGUUCAUUAUCUGGGAUCCGGGUACACGAAAGCCGUGUAUAAAGCGGCUUUGAAUAGCAGCUUCUCCGUCGCGUUAAAAUCAGUCGAUUUCGGAGGCCACGAUAUGGAGAAUUGCGUGAAGAAGUACGCGUCGUCGAAAGACUGUUACAAACUCGCUUCCUUCAAAAUCGUCAAAGAAAUGACUUUGAUGGAGAGGCUGCAGCACCCGAAUAUUCUCAAGCUGUAUGGCUACUGCUACCAGGACAGCAACGAUAUAAAGGACACGGUGACGGCCAUCACAGAGCUCGGCAGCCCUCUGGAGAUGAUUCAGUUACUGCAGACGCCCUGGGAGGAAAGAUUCAGAAUCUGUUUAAGUCUAAUGAGGCUGCUCCAUUAUUUAUCUCACUCCCCGCUCGGGUCCGUCACGCUGCUGGACUUCAGGCCGCGACAGUUCGUGCUGGUGGAGGGAGUGUUGAAAGUGACCGACCUGGAUGACGCCAGCGUUGAGGAGACGCCUUGCUCACCAUCGUCUCCCUCCGAUUGUCUCAUGGAGUUCCCUGCGCGCAACUUCACUCUUUCCUGCCACAAGGGGCGCUGUCAGGAAAUGAAUGAAAAGAGAAACCUCUACAAUGCUUACAGAUUUUUCUUCACAUACUUAUUACCUCACAGUGCACCCACAGCUCUGCGGCCAUUUUUGGACAAAAUCGUAAACUCUACAGGAGAGCUGAUUUGGGGCACAGACGAGACUCUGGUUCAUCUCGAAAAAGUGUUGGAUAUGUACAAGAAUGGAUAUUACCUCAAAAAUAACUCACAAACACACAAAACAGAGUACAAACGCAUUUCAAACACCUCAAUAGCAUCUGAGAACUACCGCUGCUGGCCGUCCUAUCAGCACGAUGGAUGCAUGCUGUCGGUCUUUAGUGCCGAAGAAGCUAUUGACGUGUGUGAGAGCCACGCCCAAUGCCGGGCCUUUGUGAUGACCAAUCAGAGCACUUGGACAGGUCAUCAGCUAGUAGUCUUUAAAACCAGUGCGGUCAGCGUGACAGAAGCUCCAGGUAAACUCACCUACGUACGACUGGGAACGGCUGGGAGCUGAAACGUGAGAGAAAGGAGGAGCAGACAUCAUCUGAAGACACUCUCGCUUACAUCUGAAGAGAAAGCAUCUCUCAGGGAGUUUGGUUUUCUCUGAGAUUUACUCAGGCAAAGAUCACAGCCAACCAAAGUGCAAUACUGCCUCUGAACCUGGGAUUGGACGUCCGGCUCUUUUCCCGAGAGUUUGUGAAUGUGUUCGUAUUUGGCAGAGAUGCAGAGAGUGGUAUUUUGUGCUUGUUGUGGCAGGACACAAGAUAACAUUAGGAUUUCAGAGUGCAUGUGUGUGUAUUUAAUGAGAUCUCCUGUCAAUAUCUCUCUCACUUCUUUCUCUCAAUCUUUCAUUCAUGUGUUGUUGCUGUUCGUGCCCACACAGAAUCAUCCUUUAUUUUUUCUGUUAUUCAGCACUUUUAUUUUUUUUAUGUGAAACAGGGUCUAUUUGUUAAGCUUUUAAAAGCUUUUUGUUUGAUUUUUUAAAUCUUUUUUUAUAUAACUGCUUAAGUUCUUUCAUCAAUUGAUGCGUCCACAAGUAAUUUAUUAGUUUAAUGAAUGUAAACACUUCCUUUUCAAAUUGUGAAAUUUUUGGCUUGUAUUUUGCUAUUACAAUCAAAGAAACAGUAUUGUUUAAUCUAUUUUUAUCAUCCAACCUUGUUUUAUUUGUAAUGUUCAAUGUUGAGACAUCUGACAGGGUUUAUUGUGGUACUUCAGUUGUAGAUGAUGGUUAGUCGAUCAGUCUCCUUGCAGUGUGAUAGUGAAAGUUUCCCAAGGAAAUGUAAAAUCUAUUACGUGACAGGUGAAGAAGAUUCUGCUUUCAAAGAAAGCACUGAGAUAAAAUGUACAUGUUUUCUUAUGAGUCUUAUGCUUGUGCUGUAUAUAUAAUGACAUUGUUGCCGAUGAGAGUAAUAUUUUUAUAUGGAAAUAUAAAGUCAUGUGACUUAAAACUA